CCGAGCGACCCCGCCGCUGAGUGGUUGGCCGGGGCGAGGGGGCGCGGCCGAGUCGGAGACACGGGGAGAGGGGCGGGGCGGGGCUGGGCCGCCCGCCGGGGCCGAGUCCCGUUGCCCGGGCAACGGGGGAAGCGUAGAGCAGCCCGGCCAUGGCGGCGGCCGGCGGGCCAGGGCCGGAGCGCCUCGAGGGGCUGCCGGGGCCGGGGGAGCUGAGCCCGGCUGCCCCAGGGGAGUCGCCGGGGCCCGAGGUGCUAGACGGGCCCGGGGAACCCGCAGAACCGAGGCCGGCGGAGCCACAGCCCUGCGAGGUACAGGAGCCGGAGCCGUCGGAGCCGUCAGAGCCGCAGGUCGCGGCGGGACCGCCGGGGCCUUCGGAGCCGCCAGGGCCGUCGGUCGCAGAGGGACCGUCGGGGCCCUCGGAGUCGCCAGAGCCUUGGGAACCACCGGAGCCGCCGGGGUCGGAGAUCGCGGAGGGACCGCCGGGGCCCUCGGAGGCCGCGCCAGCAGCCGGCGGUGCCGGGGAGGAGGCGGCGGCGUCGAUCAGCGGGAACGGUGCCGCGGACGAGACGCCUCCCAUCGCUCAGCCUGAAGAGGCCGCAGUCCCUCCCGGCGAGGCCGAGCGGAGGAGCGGCGAGGCGGCGGGCGAGGCGGCCGCGGAGCAGCGGGACGUAGCGGAGGAGGGCGAAGAGGAGCGGCGGGAGCGGGCGGAGCUGCUGGAGCAGCACCGCGGGCUGGCGGGCGAGCGGGAGCGGCUGCGGCAGGCCAGCGCCCGCCUGCAGCUGCGUCUGGGGGAGCUGCUGCGUCUGCGGCGGGGCGAGGGGCCGCGGGCGGAGGCGGGGGCGGACGGGCCGCAGCGGUACGGCGAGCGCCUGCGGCGGCUGCAGGAGCUGCGGGAGCAGAGGGAGCGGGAGGCCGCCGCCUGCCGGGAGCGGGAGGCGGCCCGGCGGCGGGGCGGCGAGGAGCGGCAGGCCCGAGCCCAGGCGGAGUGGGCCGCCUUCCAGGCACGCAAGAAGGCGGUGGCCGUCUUCAGCCUCGGGCGGCGGCUGGGCGGCAGGGAGGCGGCGGCCAGGGCGGUGGAGCGCAUCCAGGCCCGUGAAGGGGACAAGGAGCAACAAGUGCGUGAGGCCCGUGUGGAAAAUAUCAAGCUGAAGCAUGAAAUCCAAACCCUUGAAACCAUCUUGAAAGCUCAGGGAGAACUGGCAGAGGGUCAACAUUUUAUGGACUUUGAGCACAUGAAGAAAGAGAAUCAGAAACACAGCGAAAAGAUCGAUGACCUCACUGAAGAAAUCCUGAAGCUCAAAAAGAAGGUAUCAAAGGCAGUACAUAUUCUCAGCCAGUUCAGGGAAAAACUACAGUUUGUGGAAGCUGAGAAUCAAGACAGAAAGGCUGAAUUGAUGGACAUUGAGACCGUCCUGGCCCAGAAGAGAGACAUUCUGACCAAAACCAAAAAGGCCAGAGACAGACUGCGGAGAAACAAUCUGAAACUGCAGCAGAAGUGUGGGUUGCUUGGAAAUGAGAUAUUGCUUCGGGACUUCGAAGAAAAGGUGGAUACUGCAGAGCUGCUCAGUCAGCAACUGGAAACACUGAAGCGUCACCAUGCUGGUGUGAUCCUUACUUGUAGUGGAAUCCAGAAAAAAAUCAAGGAAGCCAAUUCCUCUUUCCUUGCUGAGGAUGACCAAAGAAAAGAAAGAAUGGGAAAAAAUAAACUAAGGAGUUUUCCCUAAUUCUCGUUUUUGACAUGCUCCUUUUUGGUAAGUCCUGGGGAAUACAUUACAUACUCCUGAAAAACCCUUUUCUAAAUGACAUGUCAGUAUUAUGCAUUCAAUGAAGUGAUAAGAGCAGUUUUACCCAUUUUUGAAUGAAAACAUACAUGCGUGCCUAUCCUGAAGAAACAAAAAGAGCCUGUCAAAAGCCUACACUUUUGGAAAAACACCUUAGCAUUCUGUCCUUUGAGGCCAUGGAAAUACCGUUUAAUAAGAGCACUCACCAUACCCUAACUGUAUGGAUUUUAUCACUUAGUAUCAGCUUCACCUGUACAAUAAAUAGACGUGCCUUCUCCACACAUCGCAAGGGGUGGUUUUCGUAGAUCAGAGAGAAGUUUAUUGUCAAUACCUGACACGACUUGCAUACAGCCAAUAUACUACAGAAGUAUUACAUCAUUCACCUAUUCUGUAAGUAUACUUGGCUGCCACGUUUACGUUGGCAAUGCACAAGAAAGGUUUAUUACUUUAAGAACUAUUUUCAUAGUAUAAAAAUAUACAUAAAUCUUACCGCUCAAAACUAGAGUUAUGAAUUUUUUAGUCUUCCAGCUUCUACAUUUUUAGAGGGUCCUCAGCCUUGUCCUCCUCAUUCAUGGUGUAUGAAGAGGUAGAGAGUAGCGUAAGCCCAUCACCGUUUCAGUCCCCUCUGCACUGCUGCAUUUAAACAAAGUACACAAGUCACUGAAUACACUUAUAUGGGGAUAAAAAGUAGAUAAAGUUACAUAAAGACAUUUUUAGGAAUGGCUUACACCUUUCUCUUCUUUAAAUCUCUGAACUAGGUUUUCAUAAUUGCCUGGGUAUUUAAAAGACAAAGCAUAAUUAAAGUGGCUAUUACACUACUAAAGGUUUGAAUCUUGUUUUUUCUUGUCAUAGCAAAAUAAGAGAUCAGUAAUUUCUUACUCUUACUGCAAUCAUGCAGCAGUGACUUGGUUAUCUUCUUCUAAGAUCGUUACAGUUUUGCAGAACUAUUGCAUAAACACAGUGGAACAGCAGAGGCUCUUGUUCUGCAAACAACUGAAGUACUCUGGAUCUUCAACAGCUCCAACACUCAAUUCACUAAGAGACAUUACACAACUAAUAUUCAAAAACUUUUCACAAGAUGGUUGACUAGAUGAUCUGAAAGGUCUCUUCCAACCUAGACAAGUCUAUGAUUCUAUGAAAAUACCAGGAGAUCCGCCUCUGUCUGGUUUUGCUGGACAGUAAAAGGAGACAAAUGUAACACCCAAACACGUGGAAUGAAAAGACAACACCAAUAUUUGUACCUUUCACCUUAGGCCUCAUUAUGAAAAGUGAGCU